AGAUUCCCCACUCCACACCCAAUACAAAACAUACAAACCCAAAAUCAUACGGAAUACAAAAUGGCGACGAUGAACAGAGGUGUAGUGAAACGGGCAAAUACAAUUGAGGAAAAUAAACAAGUAUUGAGUGGAUUGAUAGGAAAAAAUAAGUUCGUCGAUCCCAACCAGGACGAAUUGACCGAAUUAUUUACUAAAUUGAACGUCAAAAAUGCCAGGCAAUUUGCCAGGUAUGUGCAAAGCUAUGAGUCUGCCGGGCACAGCAAAAAGGUUACAGAUCACAUCUACGGACCCAUUCCAGGUUUUCCUUCCGGUUCAUGGUGGGGAAUCAGAAUGGAUUGCUCAAGGGAUCGAAUACACGAUCCAUUCAGUGCAAAUGUGCAAUGUGGACCCGUGGGAGCAGUUUCAAUCUGUACGUCUCGUACGCUGGAGGAUGUGGACUUGGGCGAUGCCUUCACUUUCACAGGCAAACCUUGUGCCGAGGAAAACCGACAUCCAGCUCAUGUCGUUGGCGAUGGAAAUCAGAACCAGGAAAACGAAUGUUUGAUAUUGAGCUAUAAGAACAAAGUCCCCGUUCGUGUUAUCAGGAGCUGUAAUCUUUCAAAUGUAUAUUCACCAAAGACGGGAUAUCGAUACGAUGGCUUGUAUUUAGUCGUCGACUACUGGAUUGGAAUUUCUCCAGACAACAAAACCAGGUGCUACAAAUUCGCUUUCAGACGACUUAAAUACCAGGAUCCACCUCCCUGGGAGUUCCGAGCUGGCGGCCAUAACAUGCCACUACCGGUUAUGAACCACGUACAACUCAAUACAGACAACGCCAAUAAAAACGUAACUUCCAAGUUUCGUAAACUGAGACUUAGAGGAAAUAUACGUACUCAUGGUGCGGACAGAUCUUGUGGCGCUUGCAGCCAUGGAAAUCUACCAGAAAUUGAUAAAUCAGAUUUAGAAGCAAGAGCGGGGAGAAGAGUCGUUAAAAAUAAAGUACAGCUACAACCACUGGCCACUUCAAGUCCCCAGGAAACCAUGCAUACUAUGGUGUUGGCUCCGUUUGGUACAAAAAUGGUGGCUCCAGAGCAUAAAAAUGUUCAUCUCAGUGCAAUUGUGACACGACGGGUUUCUAAAAAGCAGCAAAACAAUAUUUUUAAUAAAAAAUUUGGGUUCGAUGGUGUGACUAAUAUGGGGGGUGAUUCGCACGUCAGAACCAACGAGAUUAGAGAAGGAGAAGGAAUCACGUCACUGGGUAUGACGAGGCUACAGAAUACGAAUAUAUCGAUUCGCACCGAUCUCUAUGAUUCUUCUCAUAACCUCAAAGAUCGCGUGAAGAAGCACGGCUCUAAUGUAUCGCACAGUGGGAUUUUCAAAGGGCGUGCAAUUGGAAUACCGAGAAGACAGCUUCACUUUGCAGGAGUGGAUUCAUCGCCUGGCGGUAGUAGACCAAUUUGUAGCGUCAAAAUGGAAAGGGUCACGUCGCUGCUCAGUCAGAAAGAACAAAAUCCUAGAAACAUUCACGAGGAGAGAACAACGAACCCGCUUAAAACUACUGAAACUAAAUCUGUGUGCGCAAGUUCAAGCGAGAAUGUUGAUAUGGAGAAGUGCUCGGAACAGAGAACCGAAAUUAAUGCUGCAGCAGUGCCUUUAUCUUUCGAAAAAUUCGAAGUCACACAUAGCAGAUCUGUUCAAAAAAAUUACACGCGUGAAACUGAACCGGAUUCAGAGACAUUGAAGAUCCUGCAAAAUAGACACAUGGACGAAACUGAACACACGUACGCUUCCGCGCCACUUGAGAAUCGUCUUCAGUAUGAACAAGGUGAUGAUGGAAAUUCGUCAGACCUUACAAUGGACGGCGUUAGUUCAGAUGACGAUAGUGAAAUAAUAGAAAAACAACCCUCACCCAGGAUAGAAAUCUCAGAGGAUAGUGGAAGCGAGACGCCCGCGUCGAUCGGUGAUGCGGACGAGGUCUACAGUUACUGCCGAUCACGUCGACGAAACAAAACACGCAAUGAGAAAAAUAAAUCUCGUAAACAAAACGAUUAUUCUGUCCAAAAAGACUCCUACACUCCUCGGAGAACCACGGACCAUAUCUUUCUGUUUGGCGAAUCACCGAUACCUUCUGCGAAGGAAGCAGAACUAGAUUCUUCUCCAAUUCAAACACGUGAAAAUUAUGAAGAGUCUAUCCCUGUGACAAAAGAGGCAGAAAACCCUGCACAGAGAGCAACUUCACCGGCUGACUUGGGACCAUCGCAUAGUUCAAGGGACUCUCUGGUCUCUCUGCCUUCUGAUAGCCCUCCAUUCAAAGGAUUUGAAUCUGCGUCGCAGGCUUUCAGUAGGAUUCCAAAUUUAAUGAGUGAGGUAGCCAUCCUGAAUACAAUGUCACCAGAAAGUUUACUCGAAAUGAUAACGGAAGAAAAAACCAGCUCCAUGGGCAAAAUGCUGAUCAACAACGUAAUUGGAAUUCCAGCCAUUUCUUCUUAUUCCCCUUUUGAAAAUUGGAAUGUUCGCACUUCCUGUGAAACAGAAACUCCAGCAUCCGCAUCCAAGGAUUCACAAGAUUGUGUACAACCCGCAGAGUUUUUGACAUGUGAAGAUUCAACGUUGCAUAGAACUAUACCACAGGAUGAAUUUGGGCCACGAGCGAUAUCACCCAUUAUUGCUCGUAGUAAAAGUCUCAAAAAUCUUUUUAGCAUAACAACAAAAUCUCCAGAGCAAGUGGGUGGGUCAGCAACGAGUCUUGCUUCGGCGAGUAAGGAAAAAGAAGAGCCUCAGAAUAUUUUGACGAGUAAGGUUAGCUCCGUCAGCAAAGUAUCGGCAAGUCACAGCACACAGUCGAAUUCAUAUUUGCGUAAAUCCAGACCUCGAUCAUUGAAACUGUUCGAAAAUAGUAUGGAGCAAGAAGUCGUCGAGUUUGUACAUAUGGGCAAUGAGCAAGAAAAUGAGGAAUUGGUGAAUACGAACUGUGCCCCCAGAAUGAUUGCGAGUCCUGACGUUGACCCCAAUUGUACCACGAUUCUCCUUAGCACUGAAAGUCAAAGUGUUCAAGAAAAUAGGGAAGCCGUCGAUGACUGGGAAAAUACGAAUGUGAUCCCGAGUCCGAGAGAUGAAGUUGACCAUUCAUGCACUAGCGCAAAACAAAUAUCAGAAAUAGGGGUAUCAAACGUCGUCGACGAUAUCGGAUCCCGAUCAACACUAAUUGAAAGCGUGUCACAAAAGAACCAUAAAACAAUCGAUGAACUUCUCAUCGACAAAACUGCCUUUAAUGAUUGUGUGGUCAACCGACAGAAGGUAAUGCGUGUUAUUACAAACAAUGCAAUGAAUUCAGAAUCGGAAAAUGAAGUACCCACAGUCUCGCCAAGUACAAAUCUGUCAACGGAAGGUGUAGUUAACUUUGUAACGCACCAAGCAGAUCGAAAAUCUGAAAAAUCUAGCCAUCACUUAGUUAAGGAUAAGCCGUUGAAGAAAAAAAGGCUAGUGAAAGGCUCUGGGGUUUCCCGUCACUACAAACACGAGAUAAAGAAUUUAGUCAUAGACAUGAAUAUGAGUCCGAGAUCAAAGCGAACGUCUCUGAGGCUACUGCAAGGUGGCGAUUACCUACGUCGUAGAAGCUCUGCCGCAGUCGUUGAACGUUUGAGGAAACGAUCAACCGAUGAUCCAGUCAAACAUCCUACCAGUCCCAGCAAGCGACUAAAAAAGAGCGUCACAAUGAAAUCAUCUCCCAUUCCAAUGGCCCAGAACACAUCGUCCGUGAGAGAAUUGCGUCUCAAGAUGGGUCCUGGAAAUCGUGGUUCAUUGUCCAACAACAACAACAACAACAUCAAUGAUAACAGAAAUAAUAAUUCUAUGAAACGCAUCGGAAGGCCAGAAAAAAUUACAACCAAGUUAAAAAAGCCUAUGAAAUUAGUGGUCGCAAAAACAAAUCGUAUGAAUGGUCGGAGAGCUGGCGGAGAAAUGCCAAAGAUAAUUCGUAAACGAGAUUCAAGGGGGUUGACGAAACAAAGCGAAAAAGUUGUCGUUACUCGAAGUGGAAGGUAUACUACUAAAAAUAUUUCGGUCAGCAGAAUGGGACUCCGUAGAAAAAAUCUACUCUCAGCAGAAACGUAUGCCCGCAAGAAAAUGCAACAAAAGGAGACAGUCAAACAGAUCAAAAAGCAGAACCAAGCUUUAUCCAACAGAAAGCCCAGAAACGACAUCCCAGAUAAAGGUAAUUACAACGUCAUGAAGAGUCCAGAGGCAAAGAAGAAACCCAGAAUGGUCAGCGUAAUGACCCAGUGUUCCUUACUCCCUGAAAUGUCAAGAUUCAGCCCACUCUGGGUCGGCGAUAGUUCUCGGUCAGCAAUAGUGGUCGGCAAUAGUGGUACCGAAUACGUUUGUAGCUCACAGAACUCCACUCGGGAACAAAUGAAGAACGAAAGCAUCGAUGUGAUAGAAAUAAAAUCUGAGGACAGCAACGACGAUGUUGCCGCCUGGGAAGACGACGACGAUGAUGAACUGGGCGAAGACAGCGAUGUUAGCGAAGAAAUUCCAGUGAACACGAAUGCCACCUGGAAUCAAGCCUUUGGUAAAUUUUCAAAACUUCGUCAAACGGAAGUCCCACAAAUCAGUAUUCCUCGAGGAAACAGUCACUCACCAAUGACCAGCCUUCCGAAAAUAGGUAGUAAUUUUGGAUUUGAGAUGUACAAAGCAAACACUUCUGCUACUUUCGAAGAUCAGACGUCUGGUGACUCGGUGCCAAAGAGAGGAUUUAUUCGGUACGUUGGUCAACGGAAACGAUCGUCUUUUGUACCUGUGAAGCCAGUGGAGGUUAGCUCGAGAGUUGCACAAUUGAAGUCUAUCGGAUUCAAGCCAAUAAAACCGGGAGUAUUUCCCUACGAUGGAAAGGAAGACAAAUGGUCAUAUGAAACACAAAGUAGCAGCGACAGUCCUAAAAUAAUCUACUCGAAUGCAGUGGUCAAGCGAAGCGUACACGAAGAGUAUGAUAAAUACACCAGCGAGGAGACGAACGUUGUUCAGUACAUGGACAGUGAAUUGUCCUUCGAAGAUAUUGAAAAUGAGGAUCUAAUAUUUGGCAAGCACGAAAAUGUGGAAUCGAGCAGCUUGAUUGUAGAGCAGAUGGGGUUUGUCAAGUCCGAUGUCGACGAAGAAAGCGAUGCAAAUUCUGAACUUCAAGAAAGUUAUAGGGAUGAAGCAAAACACAAAUGUGAAGAUGAAAGAAAAGAGAGUGACAAAGAAUGGCAAUCGCAGCUUGACGACGACAGUUCAAGUUCGGGAGAUUCUAAGAAGGCUGUCGUUGAAUCUGAUGGAGAGUUGCCGUGGCAUGGAUGGAGGAAAAUAGUAUCGAACAAAAAAACUUAUUUUGUGGGGUGGUAAGUAUUGCAAAUACAUCAGCACUUUUGACCAGGUACAAAACUCAGCUAAACCGUUGCAAGGUUCGCUACAAACGAUGAGUUCGGUCCAGGAACCGAAGAAUCUUUUGGCUUUGGCGCAUCAUCUUUCAACUUUGUCGCCAUGAUCGGCGUCCUUUUUUCUCUUUGCGUUGUCGUAAUUCAUAGAGAGACGAUUGUUUGCAAAACAAUUGAAGCGUGCAAAAACCGUGGCCUUUCCUAAACAAAGAAUAUCUAUAAUUUUUAGUUUCAGUAAAGAUAUUUCUCUUAUAAGGUUUUAAAGUAAUCCUGAAUUAUUUUGUUAAAUUGUAUAUACCCAUACAAUACAUACACCUAUAACUUUUUUUUCUACGAUAAUUUACCUAUUGUUUACAUUUUUAAUAUUAAUCUGGUUUUCCAUAAUGAAGGAAUAUUUAUUCCUUGAACAACUUAACCCACUCGCUGGUUGUAGGUACGGGUAAAUUAUUAGUUUUUAAUCUUGAGUUUUGUCAUCGAUCAUUCUUAUUAAAAAAUUCAGCUCGAUCGCAGAUGCAAUCACGCUUUACUAACAACUGAACUUCCUCUCAGAUUGCACAGGUGCCAAUCUGUGUCUUGCAGAAAAAUCUUCAACGAUUUUUCAUUAUCAAGUUGGCCACCCACUUUUAUCGAACAUUUGAAGUGUUCGAGAACAAUUUAGUAUUUAAAAAGCUAAAAGAAAUAAGCCAAGUCUCACCAAUUGUCGGAGAAAAUGUACAUAGAAUAAAGCCGACGAUUGAUGUAAAAAAAAACGUACGUGUUAUGAGAAGAAAAGAGAAAAAGAUAUGUAUAGAAAUAUUCUUGUAAUUUAGUACACGCUACAAGCAGAAAAUAAAAUUCAACUAGAUUAGAAGAAGUUAUACAGGACACCGUUCUGUAUUUCUGCUAUAUAACAGAGAUAUUGCAUUACAAGUGUUUGUAAUAAAAAUUAUAUGUUAUUUUGUUAACGAAUCAUUGUGUUUAUAUAUGAAUAAUUAAGAGUUUUAGAAAUAAGAGUGUAAAAUUUAUAGUGGGUUGCUAGUUGACGUACUCUCGUCCUUUUUUUUCUCACUAUUUUUUUUUCUAUUAGCUAUGAGAUAGCUAAUUUCUUUUUUUGUGAGGCUUGUUGUACGUUCAUCAGUCAUUAACGGUAUGGAUAAAUUUUAUUAAAUCUAUUGAAUUUAUGGCCAACUAACAAUAUGAUUUUCCGCAAGUGAUAUAUAAUUAUAUACAAACGCCUAGAGUUUUAGGAUAAGAGUUUAAGUAGAAUAGAGAAAACGAACUUAUCCAGAUGCUCGAUUAACUAGGAAGAGCAUGAAGACUGAUGCGUAGGCUCGUGUUCGGAGCCAAAAAAAAAAAAAACAGAAAAAAACAACAAAUUACUUUUCAAAUUUUACAUCGUUUAACGAUCCAAUUCGUGGAUACAUAAACUCCGCAAUUAUCUUAUCCCUCGAAACAUAUUUCUAAGCAUCGAAUUCGUAUCGGUUAUAUCUGAACUUGUGCGACAAAAAAAAAAAAGCCCCAAGAACUUCCGAGUACAGAUUUGAAGCAAUUGAAAAUUGUUUGAUUGUUCCGUUAUGAUUUUGUUCUCCAAACUAGAUCGGCGAAGCUCACUGUGCAGCGACGCUAUCUUCUGUAUUCAAAAAGAUAAUAAUCCAGCUAAGUAAAUCUUAUGAGAUACAGACGUAUGUAUACCUAUCUAAUUAUUUUUCAUACUUAGAAUAUUUUUAUACGCAGGGACAGGUAUGUUGACCGCUUAAAAUUUGUAAAUUCGAAAUUGUCAUUUUAUGUUCUACUAAGUUUUUUUUUCAACUUUCAAAACUGGAAAUAAACAUUACAUGUUAUCAAAGAAGAAAUAGA